GGCCGAACGUAAUAGAACAGACCAUAAUAGAUAAGCUUCCAGAGGCAUAGGAUUGAUGGCGGACUACACUAGCAAGGCGGGUACCGUAUCCGUCGGUACUGACGCCAAGCAUAUAAAGAACCUGCUACCAGAAUUAAUCCACUGGAGAAGUGAACGGAAUGUAAUGUCAUGGCAUUUGAAGUAAUUUGAACAUUUACAGGGAGGCGCGGCUUUCUUGAGGUGAUAUUCCGAAGAUAAAAAUGAUUUGAACGCAAACGUUCAAACCACCAGCUGAUGCAUAUCAAGGGAACAGAAUGCUCGCGGUGUUGUCCCUAGCUGUCCACAUAUGUCUAUAGAUCGUAUCUAUAGAUACGACGAUGCCGGUAAGUUUAUACAACACCCCACUGCAGGUCUCGCGGGGAAAAAGAAAGAAUAGGUCACAAAAAGGAAGGGCUUUGAACUGAAGUAGGGAGUAAGGAGAGCUGGCGACCUCGAACCUUGCCAAAGGUUUUACCUCGUUUUGUAUGUAUAUUUACAAACCAUGACAUCAUCUGUUUGUGCUUGCUUAUUAAAGAUGAGAGUGGAAACGUGUGUGCGGAAACCAAGUGUCAGGAUAUGUGGUGCAGUGCAUCAAAGAAAGAAAGCGCUGUACACAGGUGUGACGAGAAAAGACUGUCUCAUUGAAGCGGUGUGUGCUUAGACCAAAUGCCGCAGCUGCAGCAAGGAUACCGUGGCGACGUCAGCAAAGCAGUGGAGCUAAUUCUGCGAAAAAAGUGGCUGAGCAGCACCACAAUAGACUUAGUGAGCCACUUAUAGAUGGAG